AUGGACUUUAGUAAAGUAUUUGGGCAGUCGGGUGUUGUCACCAGCACCUCUGAGCCCUCCUUUUUAGUGAACAUGGUCUUGGCUGGCAUCAGGAAAAUAGUCAUGAACUUCCUGCAUGAAGAGAUCUGGUUCGACAAGUUUGAGUAUGCAGAAAGGAAAUUUUAAGAGCAGGUGAACUGGCCUGUGAGAGGCUCCUCACAUCAGGAGAAUGGCACCAGUACCAUCCUCUCGGAUAGUGCCAGAGCCUGAGAAAACCUCCAGAAACCCCUGGCCGGAAGCACAGGCCUUGAGGCCAGCAGAGGGCCAGGUGGAGAGCAUAGUCCACUGGUCAGGCACAUCGCCAGACUAGAAGUGGAAAACCAGGGCCUGUGAGGCUUGGUGCAGGCCCCGCAUUGGGCUACCAGGCCCCGCUGUGUGGGCUUGGAGGACUUGCCCACCCACCAGACCGCAGCUUGCAGACCUAACUCCUCCAUCCUCCUGGACAACAAGCCCUGGGAUAAGGAGACCAACAUGGCUCAGCUGGAGACCUGUGUGUGCUCCAUGCAUCUGGACAGGUGUGUGGUGAAGGAGGACAAGGUGGGUACUGGCCUACUGGAAGAGAUGAUGAUCAAGGCUGAGGAGCACGCACAGAGCGUGGAUAUAGCUGCUUUUCACAAAAUUUGUUAA